CCAGUCGCAACGGGUGGUGACGCUUGAAACCUAGGAGCGAUAAAACAAGAAAACCCAGCAUCCCUUCCCCCAUGGUGCCUUAGCUUUGACCUGGCGGUGAAAGAAAGAAAGCGCACAGCUCCCUCAUCGUCAACGCGUAUUUAGAUUCCGUUUUCCCGCCCUACUCGCCACAUCCCUUGGGAUUUCCUCAGAAGCUCGCGCAUGCAAAGCGGCCUCCUGAAAUAAACAACGGAACCCACGAGCCCAACCGCCCACAACCCGACGAGAACCCUUGCGCCAGCACAGACAGUUCACCUCUCCAAUCACUUCUCGCUCAUUUGAGCCGUUGAUUGAAGAAUUCUUUUGACACAAUGGCUGCUUUCGUCGGCAAGUUUAUUGGCAAGAAGAUCCUCGGGGAGACCUUGCAGAACAAGUUUGGAAAGGAGGACCCCUACUUUGAGUCCGUGCCCGCGACCCGAAUCGAUGGAAAGCUUGGAAAGCCAGGGAAGGUCAAGAGACGCAAGAAGGCCCUGCCACCUGGCAUCUCAGAGCACGAUGGACAGGUCCUGACCAAGGUCAAGCGUCGCGCAUAUCGACUGGAUUGCUGUCUCUUCUCUUUUCUCGGAGUCAAAUUUGGAUGGGGAAGCGUCAUCGGGAUUGUGCCUUUCAUUGGUGAUGUGCUGGACGCCUUCAUGGCUCUCAUGGUCAUGAAGACAUGCAUGCAGAUUGAAGGCGGCCUACCCAGCGGGCUCAGAGCUAAGAUGAUGUUCAACAUCAUCAUUGACUUUGUCAUCGGACUUGUGCCCUUCGCGGGUGACCUUGCCGACGCACUAUUCAGGGCCAAUACUCGCAACGCAAUUGUUCUCGAGGAGCACCUUCGCCAGAAAGGCAAGAAACAGCUCCGACAGAGCGGCCUGGCAAUGCCUGCAGUCGACCCUAGCGACCCCGAUGCAUGGGAUAGUGUCGAGGACAGUGCCACACCGGGCAGGCGCUCGCAUCCUCCUUCACGCCAGAACUCAGCCCGGUCUGUUUCGCGGACGAGAGAGCAGGCACCCACGCAGCCUCCCCCGGCUCAGACCAGGCAGAGCCGAUCUGGAUGGUUCGGACGUGGCAGAGAACCAGCACCUGAUGUCGAACAGGCCCAACCAUCUCGCUCGACUGUUCGCAAGGACGAUCGCCGUAGCAAUCGUCACUAAGAAGGUCGGUCAUUGGAUGACACCCAAUGCACCAGUGCGAUUCUCGAGUGUAUGCCCUCCGGGAGGCGAGAAAGGCCUGUCUGCGGGUCAGCUGGUCCACAUAAGGGUGGAGGCCUUCGAUGUCGAGGAUCUUUCAUUUCCGUAGAUAUGUUCUUGGUCAAGAGGCGUGCGUGGAGUUUUGAGUCGUAAGUUUGGAAGCUACUGAGUUUUGAUUCUGCCGGCAUUGAUGUUGAGGGACAAAUACCCUA